AAUAAAGUGUUGUUGGGAAAACAAAAAACAUUAUGUGUCUUGGAUUGGUAUAUUAAUCUGAAAACGCGUCAAUUCUCACGGUUCUUUUCCUGCGCUGUGAGGCAGCCUUUGCUCGUACGCCUUUUGUUUCCCAGGAAGUUCAUAAGGGAAUGCCCGAGCGGCCUGAUCACCCUCCACGAGUUCCGGCGACACUUCUGUGACGGGACGGUAGGCACGGAGUCCGCCGAAUACGCCGAGCAGGUCUUCCGCACCCUGGAUCACAACGAGGAUGGAGUGGUGGACUUCCGAGAGUACGUGACAGCCAUCAGCAUGCUGACGAAGGGCUCGCCGGUGGAGAAGCUGCGUUGGUCCUUUAUGCUGUACGACAAGGACAAGGACGGCUCGAUCACACGCGAGGAGAUGCUGGAGAUCAUGCAGGCUGUUUACAAAAUGAGUGUGGCUGCGUCUUUAACCAAGCCUAACCCACCGACGGCAGAAGAGUGCACCAACAGGAUAUUCGUUAGGUUGGACAAGGACAAUAAUGCCAUCAUCAGUCUGGACGAGUUCAUCGAGGGUGCUAUGGAUGACAAGUGGAUCCGCGAGACGCUGGAGUGUGACCCCAACACGGUCAAAGUGGAGAAGCCCAUGAAGACCCCUGCUAUUAUCUGACACUUCCCUUUGACC